CAGCUGGAUUGUCCUCUUCAACUGUGACCGUCAGUGUAGUUCAAAGUGUAGCCUUUGCUUCUCAGUCUUCUCUGGUACAUGGACGUCCAGCUCCAGGUCCGACUCCGGCUCCAGGUCCAGGUCCAGAUCCAGGUGUGACUCCAGUUCCAUAUGCGUCCCCUCAGAGUCCGUCCCUGACAGCAGAGAGGACUGAGAUGUGUGUGGCUGGUCCAGGUCUUGUCCCAGAGUUGUCCUUUGGAACUGAGGUGGUUCAGCAGAGACUGGAUCAGACCAGCACGUAUCUGGAAGCCGCAUUGAAGGCUGUUGAACGUGAACUGACCCUUGAGGACCGUGAAGACAGCAGCAGAACAAACCCAGUGAAAUCAGCAGGAACAAUCCUGGACGACAUCGGCAACAUGUUUGACGACUUGGCCGAUCAGCUGGACGCCAUGUUGGACUGAAAAAAUGUCUCCUGCACCCGCUGUCCUCCAUGUAUUAUGCAGUAUACAUAUUUAUACUCUAUAUAUAUAUGUAUAUAUAU